AAAAUUUAGGAACGCCCGCUACGAUACAUGCACGCCAAUUUUGCCGUAGCUACGGAGCAAUCAUCUUGUUGAAGAGCAGUAUAUUUGGCAGAAUAUUUCAUUUUAGUCCGAAACCAGUGAACCUGUACACAGUUUUCCUCUCAGUUUCUAUUGGAAAUUGAUAACGCUGCAUUUUGAUGAACUGCCACUUCGAUUUGUGAUCUUUUUCAACUUGAACGGGGUGGGACUAGUUCCAGAACCCGUGAGCGAUCGGACCGAUCGGUACGGUACACUCCGAGCGUUCAUCGCCUUAUCUCUGGGCUGUGUUGCCACUGAGCUACCGUUGUGUGCCAAACCUAGGCCUAUUCUUUUCCACUGCACUCCACUGUCUCCAGGCCAGCGCAGUCUCAUCAAAAUCAAGUAAUCUUGUGUUGAAUUUUUGAGAAUGAUAGCUUGAAAUUACAUCGAUUCUCAGGAGAUAGGUUACAAUGUCAGCACCAAAGAAACCAGAUCCUCCCGUGGUGGGUAAAGUAACUCAUCACAGUAUUGAAUUAUACUGGGAUGCAGCGGCCAAGCAGGACACAGUCUCUAAAGGAGAUGGAAGACUCCGCUACAUCAUCCAAGAAUCAGACCAGACACAGGGAUGGGGAAAUGUUUACACUGGAUAUGGAACGAAUCACAUAUUUGAUGGCUUAGAUCCCUCUUCACAAUACAAGUAUCGCUUGAAAGUGAUGAAUAAUAAUGGAAACAGUGAAUUCAGUCCAGCUGUUACUGUUACAACAACAAAGGAACCACAAACCGGUGAGCAACUCCACAAGGCAAUCAUUCUUACACAAGAUCUACAGAAGGCCAGGGAGAUCUUAGAGUCAGGUGAUGUGUGGAUCGAUGUCCCAGACAAGUUUGGUUAUACCCCCCUCAUGGCUGCAUCUCAGAAAGGAGUAGUAGAAAUGGUGGAAUUAUUAAUAGAGCAUGGAGCAGACAUCAACAUGCAGAAUGGUAGUGGAAAGGACGCCCUCAUGCUGUCGUGCUUUGCCGGUCAUCUAGACGUCGUCCGACGGCUACUCUCUCAUGGUGCAUCAUGGGAAAAGAAAGAUCUAGGAGGAUCUACAGCUCUCCAUUGGGCGGUGGAUGGAGGGCAUAAAGAGAUUGUGCAAUGGGCUAUUAUGGAUGGUAGUAAGAUUGAUGAGAAAGAUGCUAGCUCAGAGUGGACUCCAUUGAUGCGGUGUGCUGCUAUGGGGGGCAAUCAUGAGAUUGGAGAAAUACUAUUGCUUGCCGGAGCUAACGUCAAUAUGAAAGACAAAGAUCACAAAACACCACUAAUGAUCGCUGCCCUAAAUGGUCAUCAGAAGUUGGUACAAGUGAUGGUUGAGCAAGGAGCUGACCCGUUAGUGAAGACUGAACAUGGCAUGUCAGCGUAUGAGAUGGCUAAAUCAUUUGAUAGAAAGAGAGUGAUGAAAUAUUUUGAGGAAGUUCUACAGAACACCAAAUCAAAGAAAGGUCAAGAAUACUGACGAUAGAUUCUACCAGGAACAUAUCUUUGGUUAAAUUCAUAACUUUUUCUCCAAUUGCAAACUUGAAACAAGAUUUUUCUUCUGAUAUGAGCCAUGAUCAUACAUGUUCAUGUGUAUCCUAUGGCUUUUUGGGUAAGGGCUAAUUUGAUCCCCUGUGUGCUAUUCCCUAUUUUUCAUGGAAAGAAAAAUGUGCUUUGAAGAGUCUACACACCUCAUGUAUGUAAAAGCAGAGAAGAUUGAGGCAGUUAUGGAGGCAAAAAAGAAAUAUAUAUUAUAUUAUCAGGUUGAAUUGAAGGGGUAAGUGAUAAGAGUUAAGGAAUAUGUUAUUUCUUGGGUUUUUUUUAUUUGACUUGAUUUUGAGAUGUAUAGUGAUUUUUUUUCGUUUUUCUUUGGUAUUAAAGAGAAGAAAAAACUUUCAUGUUACUUAAUUCAACUGAAAUAACAAUUAUUCAUUAAUGUUUUUUGCUGUAUUUGUAGCACUUUAAUUUCUGGUGAAAAGGAGAUUAAUUUGACGAAAGAUGUUUAAUCAAUAGUGAGUUACAUAUUUAUAUGAUCUGUAUCUCUGAAAUCAGAUUCAAAUUUUAUGCCUUGUAUAGAACUGCCAAGAGAGGUUAUGAUUAGUAUUGAUAGACAAGACUUAGAGAUUGUCAAUUCCAUUUUGAUAUAGAAAUAUUAUUUCCCCAGUAAUCUGUGAAAUAUACUACAUGUAUUCAUUAAAUAUUCCUGGUCAUUUAUAUGACAAUUAUUAUAACCAUAUCAUAACCAUUUGCUUAUAUUUUCUUCAUUAAAUGAUGUCUGUUUAUGUAUUGUUCUAUUCCAAUAUUCCACAGUAGAAAAUUAAUUCUAUGCAUUAUACAUGUAGUAUUAUAUCAAAUUGUCAAAAUUUUACUAAUUGCUGCAAUUCAAGUUCAAAAUUUAAUUACACUCCCCCAUUCACAUAUCUUGUGCACCUAGCAGAGUGGCCUGCAAUAAAGGAUUUAAUCUAUUUGGAAUUGUUAGUAUUAAUUAUCUAUUCCAUUCAAUUCUUCUGCAUGUGAAGAUAAUAAUUUGUGAUUUACAGGGUUUAGAUGAAGUACAUGUAGUUACAUUUAUUGCAUAUUUGAUUUGCUGCCAUUGAGGGCAGGCUUUGGAAAGGGUAUUUGUAAGGAGCUUAUUUCUUGAUUACAUACAAAUGCAAUGUGUAAAAAAUGGAUGGACUGCCUGAUACCAGAUUCAAUUUACGUACAGAGAUCUUUCACUUGAGUAAGUCCAUGAAAAUGUUAUUGUUUCAAGAAAACCAGGGGCAUGUAUUACAAAAGUUACAAUUGAAAGCCAGUGAAACUCUUUGUUCUCAGUGAAACUCUUUGAUAAAUUGCUUUAUGAAACAAGCCUGGAAACAUGCCAUUGCAUGCAUCUAUCAUAAAGGUAUUUGUACACAGUGACUUGUGAAAAUGUCCUCUUCUACUACAUAUUGUAUUGGCAUUAGGGAAGUUUACGGUAUUGGCAAUAAGGUAUUGAUAUAAUAUUAAUCCAUGAUUUAAUGCAGAUGUCUCCCUAUAUCAUCUUGCUACAUCAUGUAGCUUGUGAAAGUUAUUAUUUACCAGUUGUACAUUGAGAAUACUUACAUGACCGAUGUGACAUUGAAGGGUGAUACUUGAUUUCGCUUCAUGCUAGAUUUGUAAAAUAAUUUGUGUAAGUUAAUUGGUGGUCUGGGGUGUGAUAAACAUGUUAUAUAUAUAUAUAUGUAUACUUCAAGCUGUCGCCUGAAUGGUUUGCUUUAGAUUCAGUGCAGUCUCUGAGGGUUUUGCCAUGUGGAAAUAAUAACAUAGGUAGAGGAAAUAGCAACAUUCAUAAGGUGAAGUGGUGCUAUUCGGAGAUGAUGGAGUGGUGUAAACACCUCCUUGGCUAAAUUUCGACCACAAGGUUUUUUAUUGGUGGGUAUGUUAUGACUGCAAGCUCAAUGCUCUCUCUUCUGAUUUACUGGGAACAUAAAGCAAUGAGCUAAAUGCCAGCCACACCAAAAUAACCAACUCCAAACUGACUGAUGGUAAAUCAUUUGGAAUAACAUGCUAUAUUUGGUCAGUCUGGGUUUGUUUUCUCCAGUCUGUCUGUGCUAUGUGAUUUUCACACGGUAAAAAAAUUGUAAUUUGAAUAAUUCCAGUGUAAACAAGGCUAAUGACGAAUUUUUAGCACGUGUGAAACCAAACUAGAAUAGCGAACGCUAAUCACAAUCACAAUUUCACAUUCCACUCCGUAUGUGAAUUCCAGUUAAGUUUCACUCAAAUUACGGUACAAAUUUUCCAUGUGAAAGGUCCGACGAUUCUAAAGACAAAUUGCAAUCAUUGCAAUGAUGAUUCAAGAUUCAUGUGUGAAAAGGCCCUCAAAGAGUUUAAUUUAUACAGUGACGGAGAAUAAAGAAUAAUAAUAACAUAGCUGCAAGCAACAGAUUUUUUAUUCAUUGGCCUUUAAAAUUUGUUUUAAAGUAUGAAUUGCUGUAAGCAUGGGGCUGAAUGCUAUUCACCUCCCAAUUUUUUUUUUUUAAUAGGAAAGAAAUGCUUCAUGGUCAUAAUGAAAUUGAGGUAUCCUAUUGUUUAUGUUUUAUUCUUCAAUUAUAUAAUGAGCUAAAGAUAAUCUUUUGAGAUAUGACCUGCACUGUUAUUGUGACCUUAUGUGAGGAUAACAAACAUGUACAUGAGCUCUUACUUUUCACUUGUUGCAGUACAUGUAAUCCCAAAUUACAGCUCCUUGGAAACUAUACUACUUUGUGGAAUGGGCAAUAGCUCCAUGUUCAAGAAAGAUGAUCGGUAGAGUAGCACUAUCCGUCUUGUUAAAUAACGAGAUCCUUUCCAGUCUAGUUACAGAUAUUGGUGUUGAUUUUAAAUAAUUGAUUUCUUGGAUUCGAGCCUAAACUUUCAAUGGUCUGGUAAUGUAUUCAUCUAUGAUUUACUUUUGUAAUAUACAUGGUGUACUCUCCAUUGUAAUAUCGCUGGCCGAUAUUCCCCUCACCUAGGUUGUGGUAUCUUUCAUUUUGAUAUUAAGUAAAAUUUUGGUAUGUUUGCUCUGUGGGAAUGGCUAUAUGCAAUUGAAAAAAUGAUGUGUAAUAAUUUGACGCUGCACAUUUGUCUUUGGCUAUUAUUUUAGGGCAUUCUUUGUGUUCGUUUUGGUAAAGUAUUUUUCGGACUGGGGAUUUUAGUCUCAAUUUUUAUGUUAUGUUAUAUUUCUAUUGCAUCAUUUAGAGAUUCAUAGAAUACAGGAAUGACUGAUAAUGUCAGUUUAACAAAAUUUCAGUUGGUCUGUCUGCUGCACGAAUUCAAACAAUUCUCAUAUCAGCAGAAUUUGAAUCGGAGGCCUGUUAAUCACCAAGUCUAUUUUUGAAAAUGGAUAUUUGCUAGCAGUGGUCAUAUUUUUUCUUUGUUUUCCAAGGAAGAAAAAACAAUAAAGAUCUUAAGCAUUGUUACUUUCAUAAAAAUUGUUAUCGUACGAUUUCAUGGGGGAUUUGAUAUCUUUAGGUUACUUAUCCAGAGACAAAUAUUGUCCAUGACACAGGAUAGAAAGAAUUUAUGCCAAACAAAUGGUAUGUAAUUCACUGUAUUCCAAUAUUACCUCGUAUCAAUAAUACACUACAGGCUCCACACAAUGCAUGAAAAAUCUGCCUCAUGCUUAAAAGUGACCAAUGUUUAUCAAUGGGACAGCAUGUAAACUGACUUAUAUCCAGUCCUUUCAAAAUUUGUGCUCAGAAAUUUAUAAUCUUCUUUCACAAAAGCAACAUCGGGCCAUUUUCGCAAAUCAGAACAUUGCAUUUCCAUGGAAGUAGCUAUUAUACCUUAUAUUCGGCACUUAUUCACAGUAGUCCAUUCUGUGAAAGUUGUAUUUUCAUAGCAAUACUAUCUCUCUUUCCUCAUUAAUCCAUCCAAACAUGGGCCCUGUAACAUAGAGAUAUAAUUGAUAUUUAUAAUUGAUUGGAACUCUUUGUCAUGGGUAUAUUGCCAAUUCGCUCACUGCCAACUCGUCCACUUACCAUAUGGCCUACCUUCAUUUAGUCUAAUGCCAUUCUGUCCAUUGACAUUUCAUCUAACAAUCUUGUGGUCCUAUCAUCACUUCGACUAAUCACCAGUUCAUCUAUGACCAUUUCAUCUCAUAACCAGUUGGUCUAAUAUCAAUUUUAUUAUCAUUCAUUUUGCCCAAUUAACACUUAGUCCAAUUAGACCAAAUGGUAUAUGGACUAAAUGGCUAUUGGACCAACUGGUUAUUAAACAAAAUGGUGACUGGAUGAAAUGGCAAUUAGACCAUGUUAAUAGACAAACUGAUGGUAUACCAAAUGAUAGUAGAUGAGUUGGUAAUUGGACGAAUUGGCAUUAGACCAACUGAAAAUAAACCUGACUGGACUGUUUAAUCAAUUGUAUCUCUUAUGUUGAAGCAGGGAAUCGUUUAAUUCCCUGGUUGAGGGGCUCAGAUAUGCCUUGAUACGGUAGAUGUCAUGGUCAUGUACCGGUACUGUUCGUAUUGUUAAUUAAUCUACUUAUUAAUCACCUUGAUUACAUGUAGUUAUGCAUCAAUAUUGAAUUAAAUUAUUCUAUGAUUCCAGA